AUGGACAUUGCAAGUGAUGACCUGGUGACGUCCAAGUCCAGUUUGUUUUUUCUGAUCUCCAGCGAGGGUAACCAGAACCUAGAUGUGACACAGGCCACUCUCUGGCUCUACUUCAAGUUACUGCCUCCACCUGUUGAGAUGCGGUCUCGGCGGAAAGUGACGGUGAAAGUAUACUACCAGGAACCGGGCCUGAGCAGCAAGUGGAACCUGGUAGAGAAGUGCUUGGAGCUGAAACGGAGCGGGUGGCACACCUUUACGCUGACCCAUGCCGUGCGCUUGGUAUUUGAGCAGGGCAACCGGCGGCAGAACCUGGACGUGCGCUGCGAUGGAUGCGAGGCGACGGGUGUCGCGCCCGUCCUUCUCAACCGCAACGACGAGUCGCACCGGCCUUUUCUGGUUGUGCAGGCGCGUCAGGUGGAUGCCAAGCAUCGGAUCCGGAAGCGAGGACUGGAAUGUGACGGCAGCGCUAGUCUGUGCUGCCGCCAGCAGUUCUACAUCGACUUCCGACUAAUAGGCUGGAACGACUGGAUCAUCGCGCCAUCCGGCUACUUCGGGAACUACUGUGAAGGGAAGUGUCCCGCUUACAUGGCAGGAGUACCCAGCUCGGCGUCGUCCUUCCACACGGCAGUGGUGAACCAGUACCGCAUGCGGGGUAUGAGCCCGGGCUCCAUGAACUCCUGUUGCAUCCCGACCAGGCUGAGCACCAUGUCCAUGCUUUACUUUGAUGAUGAGUACAACAUUGUGAAACGAGAUGUUCCCAACAUGAUUGUGGAGGAGUGCGGCUGCGCUUGAGUUCCUCUCGAUGCGUCUGUGUCCUCACACAGUCAGAAACAGGUGGACCGUGUGGAGAAGUGUACACUCUCACGUGCACUUGCGUAUAAGCUUGUACAUAUAUUUAUGUUGGUUAAUACACAGUGGUACCUUGACUUACAAGUACCCCAAAAAAUAAAAAAUGAAAACGCUCACGAUGAGCAUGCAGUGGCAGGUUUCGAACACUUUUGGGGGCUGGGGGUGGGGGGAUGUGUCUAAAGGGCACAGUUUUAAACACCCAAACACAACCUAUUGCCUAAAUUGCCUCACUGUUCUUAUUUAUUCGUGAUAUUUAUCAAUUGUGUUAAUUUAAAGCCACUCUAUGCCAUUGGAGUAUAUUAAAUCAGCAUGCGUGAUACAUUACAAAUCAGU